GUCUAAUAAAACGAACAGGUCAGCAUCUGUUUUAAUUUUUUCAAGAACCAGUCCUAACGCCUCGUUGAUAUUUUAAUACAGUAUUACAUUUGCUUCUUAUCCUAUUAAAUUCUAAAGAAAGACUUGGGAGUAACCCCGCCCUAGAGGAGAGACAGAUAUAGACUUGGUAUAGAUAGAGAGAAGGAGCGACUCUGUAGAAACACAUGAAUUGUUUUGGUGGUUAGCCUUUUUUAUGGUAGCUUCCUCUUAACUUCUGAAGAAGAAGAAUAAAAAAGAAAUGGAGUUAUCUGAUUGCUCUAAUGAAUAUGAGAAGCUCGUUGUAAGGAUGAACAUGCCCAGGGUCGUGAUUGACAAUGAAAUUUGCCCUAAUUCAACUGUCGUCAAGAUUGAUAGCGCAAGAGGCCCAGGGAUACUGCUCGAAUCUGUACAGCUUCUCACGGAUAUGAACCUCGGGAUCAAGAAAGCUUACAUUUCCUCUGACGGAAAAUGGAAUAUGGAUGUUUUUCAUGUAAGUGAUCUUAACGGAAACAAAUUAACCGAUGCGAACCUAAUCCGUUACAUUGAAAAGUCAAUAGAGACGUCUCAUUACAGUAAAACCGAAGGAUACACCGGUUUAACCGCUCUAGAGUUAACUGGAACAAACAGAAUCGGUUUACUCUCAGAGGUUUUCGCGGUUUUAGCUGAUCUUCAGUGUGAUGUUGUUGAGGCCAAGGCAUGGACGCAUAACGGGAGGAUCGCGUCGAUGAUUUACGUUAAAGACGUUAACUCCGGGACCCCCAUUGACGGAGACUCAGAUCGUGUCCAACGGAUAGAAGGACAGUUACGUAAUUUACUAAAAGCAGACGAUAGUUACCAAAAUGACACGAGGACAUGUGUUACGUAUGGUGGUAAUACUCAUAUGGAGAGAAGGUUGCAUCAGAGGAUGUUCAUGGACCGUGACUACGAGAAGACGUUUGAGUCUGAGAACUCUCCGAACGUUUUGGUGCAAAACCUUCCGAAACGUGGCUACUCGGUCGUGAACUUGCAAUGCAAAGAUAGGAUGAAACUCUUGUUCGACGUUGUUUGCACCUUGACUGAUAUGGCUUACGUUGUGUUCCAUGCGGCUAUUCGAACGGUUGGAGAAACGGCGUUUUUGGAGUUCUAUGUAAGACAUAGUGAUGGGCAUCCGGUUAGUUCAGAACCGGAGAGACAACGUUUGGUCCAAUGUUUACAAGCCGCAAUCGAAAGAAGAACGGUUAAGGGUCUGAGAUUGGAGUUAUGCACGAUGGAUAGACCUGGAUUGUUGGCGGAUGUAACACGAGUAUUGAGAGAGAACGGAUUAAACAUUGCUAGAGCCGAGAUAUCGACUAAAGAAGGUAUAGCAAGGAAUGUAUUCUAUGUGACGGAUGCUAAUGGAGACCUUAUAGAUCCCGAGAUAAUCAAAUCGAUUAGAGAGAAGAUUGGAAUCGACAAUCUAAGUGUUAAAGAACCGUUCCCGGUUAGUUGGAGAGAAACAGUUGAGAAGGAACAACAACAAAAGCAGGAAGAUCAUCAGGGACGCAAUGGAGGAGGGACAAUGUUGAUAUCACUUGGGAGCCUAGUGAUGAGAAAUCUAUACCAGUUGGGUUUGAUCAAAUCAUAUUUUUAGGAAAUUUAAACCGGGUUGCUAACCGAUUCAUGUAUACCAAUUUAAUCAUGUUUGUCAACACCACCCGCAGUUGAAUUGGUGUGUUUGGAGCAAGAUACUGAGCCAGUGAUGCAUUUGGGUUUAGAUGGGAAACAUAUUUGGUAUUAUUUAUUGUACAUAAAAAGGUGGGACGUUAGUUAAAUAAAUGGUGGUCAGUCUU